AUGUUUGACUGGUCGACGGGACAGGUCUUUCGGGAAUGGACCAUGGACCGGCACUUCCUCUCGGUCCGGGCCGCCGGCGAGUCCGACUGGUCGCGGCGGCGGCCGUAUCCGCUCUUCACGCCCCGGGGCUCGCGCGGCACCCGGUCCCUCGUCGACACGGCCAUCAACGUCAUCGCAAACAACAUCGGCGACGUGCCCGAUGCGUACCUCGAGUUUCUGCCCGCGCGCCUGCGGUGGCGCAUAUGGCGGUUUCUGGAAGCCAGAGGCGUAUGCCUGCAUGCCUGGAAGCUCUUCUCCAAGCAGCUGCUGCGCGAGGACGACGAAAAGACCCUGGGCCUCUACCGCUUCCGCCAGCACAUCUGCAGCCCGGCAGACGAGCUCAAGAGCUACACGCAGCCCCUGACAUGCUUGUCGACCGACUUCAUCACCCACCUCGUCAUCAGCGGCGGCUGUGACUUCAGCACCAACGAGCUGCUGUGCCUGGCCGACGUCAAGAACCUCGGCGUCCUCGAGCUCAUCCAGCCCGCCGACGAGGUGCACGCCAUCUUCCCCCAUGCCAACGAUCGCCUCAUACGCGGCUGGACCGAGAUGGACGACCCCUUUCCGCUGCUGCGCAUCCUACGAAUCUGGGGAGACCAGUCCACCACCCAGGAGUCGCUCCGCUGGGUGUCCAAGUUCCCUCGCUUGGCCUUGUACGAUGUGCUAGGCUCUAGAGAGGACUGGCGGGGCCCGAUGGGUCAUGUCGUCGACGGGGGCUGGGAGAUGAGCAUUGUAAUGCCUGGCCCGAAAGACUCCCUGUUGCGCGACCUCAUGCUGUUCGCGCCGCUCCAAGACACCCGCAGUCAUCGAGACCUGGCCAGGACCGUUGACCUGGAUCUUGUGUCUCUGUCCAACGACUCUCGCUGCGCCGUCAAGUUUGUCGCUGACCGAAAAGCCCCGUCCCUCCUCGACUACCUCACGGACACGGCAAAGGUCAACGCGCCGGCAUGGCACACGGCCGCCGCCGCCGCCUCGUCAGACGCCCGGUCCUGCCACGGGGUAGCCUUUGAGCCGUGGGCCUUUUGGCUCUACUCCCUCAUCGGCCAGCUCACCCACGACAACGACAUGACGAGCCGCGGCAUCCAGGCCGACGUCCAGGCCGUCGUCGGGCCGUUUGUGCUGCCCUCGAAGCCCUUUGCCAGCCUGUACCUGGGCCACAGCGGACGUGGGGGCAUCUCGGUGCGGCCGUCGUACGUCAGCCGCGGGCUCUUUGCGACCGAACGGUACGUCUUUACCAGGUCUGCCGUUGUCCGCCCACAGACAGAGGCCGAGCCGAGGGCGACGCGACGGGCGAGACAAGACGAGGCCGGGGUUUCCGAGCGAGGAGCGCUCUCCCUGCGGAAGCAGAAGAGACGGCGCCUGGACCAUGUGCUGCAGUCGUUUUCAAACUAA